UUAUAAAUCAAUCACUUGAAUAUAUUAUUAUCAAUUAAGCAAUUGUCAUGGAUAAGCCUUACAAAUCAUUGACAUCUUCAACAGAGCCGGCAGUAUAGAGUUUCUGUUCAUCGAUCCAUCUUAUGGAGGAGGAAGAGAUUAAUUUAGUGAAAGAGAGGCCAAUUAUCAUAGCCAUGAAAGGGCAUCCAGGGACAGGUAAAAGCACUCUGGCUCACGCCAUAGCCAGGACCCUCAAGUGCCCUCUUAUAGAUAAAGACCAUUUUCGAGACUCUACACACACACUCGAGCAAACCCUUUUGCCAUCCACACCCUCCAAAGCAACUAAACUUCUCAACGACCUAUCAUAUGAAGUCAUGUGGAACGUGGUCUCAACUCAACUCGACUUGGGAUUAAGCGUUGUCAUCGACUCUCCGCUCUCUCGUCGGGCCCAUCUCGAUAGGUUGUUGGACAUGGCAAAGGAAAAUGAUGCUCGGCUUGUUAUUGUGGAGUGCAAGCCGGGGGAUGAGGCGGAGUGGCGAAGGCGGAUUGAGGCGAGGGGAGAGAACGAUAAUGGCUCGGGGUGGCACAAGCCAAAAACAUGGCAAGAGAUGGAGAAACUCCUGGAGAGUUAUGAUAGGUGUUGGGAUUACGAUGUGGAGAAGGUGCCGAAACUUGUUUUGGAUACUACUGCUCCCGUUAAGAUUGUGCACUUGGUUUCUGAUGUGUUACAGUUUGUUAAAUCUUGAUGUCAUAGUCGAGAUGACUUUGUUCAUCUUUAAAACUUUUAAACACAAUCAAACAUUAUGCAUGUCUUAUAUAUA